CAGAAAACAUCAUAAUAGAAGGAUUUGUCAUUCAUCUCUGACACAAUCACCCCGUUUUUUCGUCUGGAAACUAAAACGCACUUUCUUUAAUUCCGUUUUAUCGUGUUGCUGUUUUGCGAGCCGUGCAUCGUGUUUUUAUUUAUUAAUGUAAAUUAUAUUAACGUGAAGACAUCAUUUCUUCGCCUUUUUUCUGAUACCAGUGAAUGCAAAACUAACGCAGUAUUGUGGACUCUUCUAAUAUUGGUCGGGUUAACAGGAAGCGAGAAAAGGAGAGAGAGAGAAAGCAAGAAAGCGAGCGACAGCUAACAAAAUUAAUUAUUUCUGUUCACUUCUGCUGUUGAUGUUGGGCUCUUCAGUACCUACUCGCCUGUUUCCUCGCAGGAUAGUGACAACUCCGAAAGGCUCUUCUGUGCACUUGUGAAAUAACGAACAUUUCCCCGUCUCGCUUUUAGCCGGUCGCGAAACUGCCUUUAUGCCUUUCUUCAUUUACUGGUCCGUAGUGUCUUGACACACGGGAUCGACAGUCCAUUAACUCUUUGCACACAUAUGCCCUUGCUUGCCAACACACAAGUUGCUAUUUUUCCAGGUAUAAUUAUACUGAUAAUUCUCCCCACAAAUCUCUAUUUUGGAUAAUCCACUGAGAUUCUGAAUCUUGUCAGCAGAGAGAAGAUCAUCCUUGGUGCCUACAUAUCUGUACUGAUAGAAAGCGGCAAACUUUCAAGUUUUUCCUUCAAAAGAACACAAAGAAGACGUGUUUGUCGAUAUCAGUUUCUUUUUUCCUUUUUUUUUAAUCCAGUGUGUUUUAUAUGCUUUCAAGUUUCGCAGCGGUGAUUUUCAUAGGUGGUGCUGAGAAUGGAUCAUCUCAGCGAGUCCAGCCAUGGAAAGGAGAAUUGUGAACUGUCAAACAAUAUUAGUGAUCCAAAAGGACCACCUGCUAAAAUUCCACGUGUUGAGCAGAAUGGAAGCCCUUUAGGAAGAGGACGACUCGGAAGUACUGGGACCAAACUCCCAGGGGUUUCAUUGAAACCUUCAGGACAUCUCAUGAAGACAUGUCAUAAAAGAGGCAAUAUGCUUCCUGUAUUUUGUGUGGUUGAGCAUUAUGAAAGUCCUGUUGAUUUUGACAGUAAAGAGGAACAUGCAGAGUUUGUGCUGGUGAGAAAGGAUAUGCUCUUCAACCAGCUCAUUGAGAUGGCCCUUCUUUCUCUUGGAUAUUCCCAUAGUUCUGCUGCCCAGGCAAAAGGCCUAAUUCAGGUAGGGAAAUGGAAUCCAGUUCCCUUGUCCUAUGUGACAGAUGCACCGGAUGCCACAGUAGCAGACAUGCUACAAGAUGUGUAUCAUGUGGUCACAUUGAAAAUUCAGUUGCACAGUUGCCCUAAACUGGAAGAUUUGCCUCCUGAACAGUGGACACAUUCCACAGUAAGAAAUGCCCUCAAGGAGUUACUGAAAGACAUGAACCAGAGCUCAUUGGCUAAAGAAUGUCCCCUGUCACAGAGUAUGAUUUCUUCCAUUGUGAACAGCACUUACUAUGCAAAUGUCUCUGCAGCGAAAUGUCAGGAAUUUGGUAGAUGGUAUAAACAUUUUAAGAAGACAAAAGAUAUGAUGGCUGAAAUGGAAAGCCUGUCUGAAUUAUCAUCACCAGGUGCAAAUCAUGUGAACUUUAGUCAGCAGCCUAUCCCAGGGAGCACUGCAGAACAGCCACCUUCUCCUGUACAGCUUCCUCAUGGUGGACAGCAGUCAGUGCGUUCUCAGCUGCCCAACUUGCACCACGGACUUGUUUCUACACCAAUCAGCCCUCAACUUGUAAAUCAACAGAUAGUAAUGGCACAGCUAUUAAACCAGCAGUAUGCAGUCAACAGACUCUUAGCACAGCAGUCACUUAGCCAGCAGUAUCUGAAUCAUCCGCCUGUGAACCGGUCACUCAACAAACCACUAGAACAACAGGUAUCCUCCAACAGUGAGGUGUCUUCCGAAAUCUACCAGUGGGUACGAGAUGAACUGAAAAGAGCAGGGAUUUCCCAGGCAGUGUUUGCCCGUGUGGCUUUUAACAGAACUCAGGGCUUACUCUCAGAAAUUCUUAGAAAGGAAGAAGACCCCAAGACUGCUUCCCAGUCACUUCUGGUCAAUCUGAGGGCAAUGCAGAAUUUUUUACAGCUACCAGAAGCAGAAAGGGACAGAAUUUAUCAAGAUGAAAGGGAGAGAAGCCUUACAGCUGCUUCAGCCAUGGGACCCACACCCCUUAUAACCACGCCACCCAACCGUCCAGUCCAGACAAGAAGAGAGGAAUGUAGCAAUACUAGAACUGAAGACUGGAAUUCAAGAAUCCAGGUGAAGCAAUCGCCAAUUUCAUCUGAGAGGAAUGGUAAAACGGACAGCUGUGUCUUGAAUAUCAAUGCUUCCAUAUAUGAUGAAAUACAGCAGGAGAUGAAAAGAGCAAAAGUUUCCCAGGCCCUGUUUGCUAAAGUUGCAGCAUCCAAAAGUCAGGGUUGGUUGUGUGAGCUUCUACGGUGGAAAGAAGACCCCUCACCAGAAAAUAGAACGCUUUGGGAAAAUCUUUCAAUGAUCCGCCGGUUCCUGAGUCUUCCUCAGGCAGAACGAGAUGUUAUCUAUGAACAAGAGAGUAAUGGAAAUCAACAUCACGGUGACAGACCCCCACAUAUGAUGCACAUUCCUACAGAUCCAAUUCAGCAGACACAACAGCAGCAGACACAAACACAACAACAACAACCACCGCAGCAGCAGCAGACACAACAGCAGCAGCAGCAACAACCGCAGCAACAGCCGUCACAGCAGACUGGUCCUCGUCUGCCUCCCAGGCAGCCAUCUACAGCCUCACCAGCUGAAUCUGAAGAUGAAAGUCGUCAGAAAGUCAGACCACGGACCAAGAUCUCCAUUGAAGCUUUGGGCAUUCUACAGAGUUUUAUUCAGGAUGUUGGGCUGUACCCUGAUGAGGAAGCUAUUCAGACACUAUCUGCACAGCUAGACUUACCUAAGUAUACUAUUAUUAAAUUCUUUCAAAACCAGCGUUUCUAUCUGAAUCAUCAUGGUAAACUUAAAGACAAUUCAGGUUCAGAAGUGGACGUGGCUGAAUAUAAAGAUGAUGAGCUACUAAAAGACUUGGAGGAAAGCACCCUACAAGCAACUAAAAGUACAAUUUUUUCAAUUAAAAUAGAAGAGCACUUGUCUGGAGAAGGACAUUCAGAGUCUGAUAAUGAAUCUAAAGACUAACAAUUAAACUUUUGAUUUUUAUUAUUAAGGUUUGGUUAAAUGUUUUCCAGUGCCACUGACAGGACAAUUUAGGAGAAAAAAACUUUCUGAUUAUUUUUGGUAAGCCCAUAUUAUACACUGUAAGACUGCAUAAAAAAUUGCACAAAACUGAAUUGUUCCCCAUGGAUUUUGCAGACUGCACUUGAUGUCCUUUAAACUGUAUUACACUGGUAUUCUGCUACUGAUGAAGUUGUUGGACUUAAUAGAUUUACUUUGUGUUCACUGGAUUUUAAUUUCAAAUUAAUUUAUAUGAACCAUAUUAAUGACAAGGCCUUAGGUACAGUACUUAUUUUGAAGUCUACUGGCAAGCAUUAAAUUGUUUCCUUUGACCUAAACUUGAUAUUAAACCACUUAAGCUCUGGAGACCAGACUCUUCAGACUAUUAAAUAAUCUAACUUUAUCUCUGUAAUAUUGUUUAUUUUAAAAGAAAUAUAUAAACUGUAGAGGUCUACAGUUUAAAAAAACUAUGCCAACAAUGCCUUGUAUUAUAUGGCACUGCCGAUGUUUAGUUAUUUUGCAAAAAUGUACUCACUGUAAUUUUUCUGAAGCUCAUCUUGACACAGGUAAAAUGUGAAACACAAUUUUUUUUUAUUUUAUCUUGUCUUAACAUUAUUUAUUUGCAGAAUCUACAGCAUCCUGAUGUAAUUAAUUUUUGGAUGUUUCUGUUCCGUUAUUUUUUUUUGUUUUGUUUUGUUUGUUUUUUUUUAUGGACUGAUAUUUUUAUUCUAUUUAUAAAUGUAUUUUGAUGGGCAGUAAAAUACAAAAGUGUCUUAAAAGUUUUAAAUGGGAAAUAAUGUGCUUUAAAGGUUGCCUAUAAAAGUGCUAUAUGUUAAGCAAAUCAUGCUUAAAGCUUCACAAUUAAUGUUGUAUGCAAUUUUUACUAUCAUGCAAAUAAGCUUAGAUAAAUGAUGACUAGAACACCCUAGAAAAAACAUAUGCAAUUUAUGUGAAAAUUGAUGUUUGCAAUGUGUCUUCCUUUGGUUUACAAUCAAAUCUGAAGCUAUUCCUGUAUAAAUAUUCUGUAUAAAAAGUGUAUUUCUUUUUUAUCAGUUUCCUGCAAUGAGAACACCGGUUAUUUUGUUAAAACUGGCUGUUUUAUAAGUGUAUCUCAGUUUCUUUAUGCCGAAAUGUUCUAACUAGGAGUGGUAAUUGAUUGUUAACAACACAAUUAAAAUAUGUUUGUAUGGUA